AUGGACGCAUAUCACAAAGCUACUGAUAAUCAAGUUAUACGAAUCAAUAUCACCGUACUGAUUGAAGCGCUCUGUCCUGACUGUCAAAGAUGGAUCGUCGAGGAGCUCUAUCCGAACGUCUUCAAAAAUUUCAUGAAUUUUGUAAAUAUUGAACUUGUUGUCCGUUUAUGGGAAUGCCAAGAUCGUUCAAAAGUCACCUUCGACAAAGCAUCAGCCAAGUGCUUCAGAACACUAUCGAUCUCUGAUGACAUCCAACGGAUGAUACAGUACGUAGGCGAUAAGAAGAUUCCAUUCUGCCAGUCUGAGGAAAAGAAGAAGCUCAAAAAGGUUUCAUGGAAAUAUUGA